AUGACAUAUGGCGAUAAAUCUACCUCUGUAGGAAACUAUGGAUGCGAUACCAUGACAAUGGAGCCUUCAGAUGUGUUCCAAAAGUUUCAAUUCGGUUGUGGAAGAAAUAAUGAGGGUGAUUUUGGCAGCGGAGCUGAUGGGAUGCUGGGGCUUGGACAAGGGCAGCUUUCUACCGUAUCUCAAACAGCUUCGAAGUUUAAAAAAGUUUUCAGUUACUGUCUCCCUGAGGAAAAUUCCAUUGGAUCGCUGCUAUUUGGAGAGAAAGCCACUUCCCAAUCCUCCUCCUUAAAGUUCACAUCGCUUGUAAAUGGUCCUGGAACCUCAGGGUUAGAGGAGUCAGGGUACUAUUUCUUCAAGCUCUUGGAUAUAAGUGUUGGUAACAAGCGACUUAAUAUUCCCAGCUCUGUGUUUGCAUCACCUGGAACUAUAAUAGACUCGGGAACUGUCAUCACUCGCCUGCCUCAACGAGCCUAUUCAGCACUCAAAGCUGCAUUCAAGAAAGCAAUGGCGAAAUAUCCUCUUUCCAAUGGGAGGCGGAAGGAAAAUGACAUGUUGGACACAUGCUACAAUUUAAGUGGAAGGAAAGAUGUGUUACUACCGGAGAUAGUGCUACAUUUUGGGGAUGGAGCCGACGUACGUUUGAAUGGAAAGAGAGUUGUUUGGGGGAAUGAUGCAUCUCGUCUUUGCUUGGCUUUUGCUGGGAACUCCAAAUCAACCAUGAACCCCGAAUUAACCAUUAUUGGAAAUAGACAACAAGUGUCUCUAACAGUUCUAUAUGACAUACGAGGAAGAAGGAUAGGGUUUGGGGGCAAUGGUUGCUCCAAGUGA